GGUAGGAAUAACUGAUCCAGCGUUCUCUCCACAGACGCUGGGUCAGUUAUAUACAGUCAUUGGUUUGAAGCAGCUUGCGAAUAUAUCCAAUUAUUGAAGGGUAAAUCAGUGGUAGCCUAUUUAAUUGAACUGUGGAAGGCUGAAAUGUAUUUUCGUAGUUAGCAACGACACCAGUAUCUUAAAGAUGAACCGCAGUGUAAAUUAUCGCUCCAUUUUGCCUUUACGCCAAGAACUUUACUGAUAGGCUACAUUUGGCGCCAUACGGUGUUUUUAUUGGAUAUAUGCUAUAUUUUCUAUUUUGGGCUGGAUAUCGAAUCAUAAGGUGAUUUGAAUACAGCCAACUGCAUAUACGGCGGACAAGCCCUACGGCCACUGUAGCAUCAACCGUUUGUUGAUAAACACGAAUCCUUUCUCAUACAGGACCACCUCCGGUGCAUUGAUGCACCCGUUUCAGUGGUUUAACGGGUGCUUCUGUGGUCUGGGACUGGUCUACUCCAACAAGUCGUGCACCAUGCCUCCCAUCACCUUCCAGGACCUGCCCCUCAACAUCUACAUGAUCAUCUUCGGAACAGGCAUCUUCAUCUUCAUCCUCAGCCUCAUCUUCUGCUGUUACUUCAUCAGUAAACUAAGACACCAAGCCCAGAGUGAUAGGUUUGGCUACAGAGAGGUGGUUUUAAAAGGAGAUCCUAAGAAGUUGAAUCUCCAUGGGCAGACGUGUGCUGUUUGCCUGGAAGACUUCAAAGUCAAAGAUGAGCUGGGAGUGUUGCCAUGCCAACAUGCCUUUCACAGGAAGUGUCUGGUGAAAUGGCUGGAGGUGCGCUGUGUGUGCCCCAUGUGCAACAAAACCAUUGCAGGACCCCCAGAACAGCGCAACAGCAUAGGAACACUACUGGACGAACUGGUGUAACCUAACAACAAGCACGGAGUGGGCACUGUGAGCUGGUGUAACCUAGCAACCAAUAGAAAGUGAACGCUAUUGUCUGGUGUAUCCUAGAAACCACCCACAGAUGACUGUGAAAUGGUGUAACCUAGCUACCACCUGGAGAGGACUGUGAGAGCUUCUGUUACCUAGCAACCAACACAGAGCUGCAUACAUGAGUCUACACCACACACCACAGACAGUCUCCAGCUACCCACACUUCACCCAGUGACUCUUUCUCUUUGUCUCUGACUGUCUCACUCUUUUUCUGUCUUUCUCCC